AUGACUCGAGAACAACACAAAUAUUGCGCAAAUAUCAUCAAGUCUUUAAAACAAUACAAACACGUUGGGCCUUUUCUUGAUCCAGUUGACCCAAUCAAACUUAAUGUACCUGACUAUUUUGACAUCAUCAAGACUCCUAUGGACCUCGGCACUGUUGAAAGGCGAUUAAAUAAUUGCGAGUACGAAAGCACGAUGGAUUUUGCUGCUGAUGUUCGUACGAUUUUCAACAAUUGCUAUGUCUAUAAUGGAGAACACGCGACAAUAUCUCAAUUUGCUAAAGAUAUGGAAGAAAUAUUUAACACAGCGUUUGCCAAGAUGCCCGGAGAGUCUGUUUCCGGUAAUCCUGCACAAACACCCGCUGUUCCUAAAACUCCAAAGACGCCAAAAAUUGUCGCAGAAAGUUUAACGCCAAAGACAACUGAACAAAAAAGACCUAAACGUGAAAUUCGACCUCCUCCAUCCAAAGAUCUCCCAGAUACUCACGCUGCGAAACGGAGAAAACCAUCUAAAAAGAAUAAUGAUCUCAAUUUUUGUCGCAGUGUUCUUAAAGAAUUGAGAAAGAAACAACAUUAUCCUUAUGCAUAUCCAUUUUAUGAACCGGUUGAUGCCGAGAAAUUACAAGUUCCUGAUUAUUAUACUGUUAUCAAACAACCCAGGGAUCUUCAAACUAUUGGAAAUAAACUGGAGAAUGAUCAGUAUGAAAAUGCAAAGGUUUUCGAGGAUGAUAUUCGUUUGAUGUUUCGUAAUUGCUACACUUAUAAUCCUCCUGGAAGCGAUGUUUAUCGAAUGGGUCAACAACUUGAAGCUGUGUUUGAUAAGAAAUGGAGAGAGAAACCUAUUCCACAACAAAGGGCUCCGUCUGUUGAAAAUCAAGCAGAAGAAAUGUCAGAAUCCGAGCAAGAGGAUGAAUCACAACAGCAUCUUAAAGCAUUGCAAAAACAUCUUGCUGCGCUUCAAACACAAAUUGCUUCAAUGCAAAAACCAUCGAAAACCAAACCAAAGAAGACCUCUUCAAAAACUCCCAAGACGCCUACUCGUAAGAACAGCACUAAAUCUGUCAAGGAAACUACAGUUAAGAAGACUGUCAAGAAGCCUCGAGCUCUUAGUGCAUCAAAACCUUCCACAGAAGAACAAGUUCCGUUGACACCUGAACAAAAGAAUGAUUUAAGCGAUAGAAUCGGCCUUCUUACGGAAGAAGGAAUGGCAGAUCUUAUUGAGCUUAUUCGUGAAAGUGGUGCUCCUUUGGAGGCUCAAAAUGGAAAUUAUGAACUUGAAAUUGAAUCUGUCGACGCAAAUACUGCACGAAAAAUCUACGAUUUUGUCUUGAGUCAUACAACAAGCCAGAAACCUCCGGCGAAAAAACAACGAAUUGUUUAUGAUGAAGAGGAACAGCAAAGACAAAUCGAGAAAUUAGAAAGCCAGUUGAAGAAAUUCGAAGGGACUUCAGCCGAAGCGCAUGCUCCUGGUACUGCUCAAACUCAGUAUAUCGAGUAUUCCAAUUACGAUGCGUCGCCUGAUCAAUCCAACGAAAGUGAAACCUCAGAUUCUUCGGGUACCGAGACGGAAGAUUCAGUUAAGAGGAAGCCUGCCGCGAAAAAAAGAAAAGCCGAGUCACAAACUCAAAAGGCUAUUCCCGUUCGUAGCAAUACAAAGAAUCAAAAAGUAGUUCCUACACGAACUAAAUCAACUGAGCAAACUACAAAUAAAAGUAUCUCUGCUGUCAACCGAAUCAAAAACGCAUUCAAUUCAACCCAGAGCGUAAACAGCACGACAAUCACCAACCGUAUUAAUGGAUUCCAGCAAACCGCGCAUCCUUAUCAAAGUAGCAGCAGUGUAUCUGAAAUCCAGUUGUUGAACAGAAAUGAAGUGUCUCCGGAAGAGGAAGAAAGAAUCAAAUCAUUAACUAAUUCAUUUUUGUUGGAUCCUUUAAAGAAAGCUGCUGAAGAGCAAAAAGCUAAGCAAUUAAAAGAGGUGGAAGAGAUGAGAGCGAUUGCACGAAAAUUGGAACAGGAAGAUCGAGAACGUCGAGAAAAAGAGCAACGCGAGGAAAAAGAGAGGCGUGAAAGAGAAGAGCAAGCUGAACUCAAAAGACAAGUUGAAUUACGAGAACGUGAUCAAAAACGAAAAGAAACAUAUGAAACGCGUUUAACAGAGAAAAGGAUUGCCGAUGCCAAGGACUUUUACUAUGAACAACUUCGUGAAGCGCAAGCAUUCUAUAUUGUGAAUGAAGGUGAUAUCCAAAAUUUCCACGUUUACAAGACCGGCAUCUUUGGAUGCACAUUGCCACACGAUUAG